UCACAGUGUUAACCUUGCAUCCAAAGUAAUGAUCCAGUUGAUUCCAGAUGUUUAUCCUGAUCAGCAUUGUUGUCAUUGUAUUCUGUGUUUAUACUGUAUUUAUGCUGCAGAACAGCAGUAGAGAUCUGGUGAUUGUCUCUUUCAGAUUAAUGCAUCUGAUAAACUGAUAAUCGUCUCUCAGAAACACAGAAAAGUAGAUGAAACCAGGCGGUAGCAUCUAGUGUUCUUCAUAGAGUCCCAGUUUCACUGAUUUCAGCAUCAAUAUUUUAAUCAUUGUUUCUUAUUAUUAUGUACAGUUAUUGUGUUAACCACGUGAUAGUUCCACACCUGGUUAAACAGUCACACAGUGCUGUUUGCACAGCACAAGACUUUUAAUAUCACUCCUACUAAAAGUAGAAGCUCAAAGUGCACUGAUCUCAGAGUGCUGCUGCUGCUCUCUCUCUCUCUCUCUCUCUCUCUCUUUCUCUCAGUCUGUGAGAGCAGUAAGAUGGCAGAGGCCAGUAUUUCUGUAGAUCAGGAUCAGUUCAGCUGUUCAGUCUGUCUGGAUCUACUGAAGGAUCCAGUAACUAUUCCCUGUGGACACAGUAACUGUAUGGUAUGUAUUUACAGACACUGGGAUCAGGAGGAUCAGAGGGGGGUCUACAGCUGCCCCCAGUGCAGAGAGACGUUCACUCCGAGGCCUGUUCUACGCAGAAACAACAUGCUGGCUGAAGUGGUGGAGAAACUGAAGAAGACAGAAGUCCGAGCUGCUUCUCCUGCUCACUGUUACGCUGGAGCUGGAGAUGUGGAGUGUGAUUUCUGUACUGGGAGGAAACGUAAAGCUACGUUGUCCUGUCUGACGUGUCAGGCCUCUUACUGUAAGACUCAUCUCCAACCUCACUAUGAAGUUCCUGCAUUAAAAAAGCACAAGAUGAUCACAGCCUCCAAACAGCUGCAGGAGAAGAUCUGCUCUCAGCAUGAUAAACUGAUGGAGAUCUACUGUCGUACUGAUCAGAGCUGCAUCUGUUAUUUGUGUACGAUGGAUGAACACAAAGGUCAUGAUUCAGUUGCAGCUUCAGCUGAAAGAAUAAAAAAACAGCCACAACUAAAGAACAUGCUGACAGAUUUCCAGCAGAGAAUCCAGAGGAAAGAGAAGAAGCUGCAGGGGGUGAAACAGGCUGUGGAAAGUCUUAAACUCUCUGCACAGUCAGCAGUGGAGGACAGUGAGAGGAUCUUUACUGAGCUGAUCCGCUCCAUUGAGAAAAAGCGCUCUGAGGUAACAGAGCUGAUCAGAGAUCAGGAGAAGACUGAACUGAGUGCAGCUGAAGAACUCCUGGAGCAGCUGGAGCAGGAGAUCACUGAUCUAAAGAGGAGAAACACUGAGCUGGAGCAGCUUUCACACACAGAGGAUCACAUCCACUUCCUGCAGAGAUUCCAGUCUGUUAGUGUCUCUUCUGAAGAUGAAGAUUCACCCAGCAUCACUGUCCAUCAUCAUCAUCUCUCAUUUGAUGGAGUGAGGAAAUCUCUCUAUGAUCUGAAAGAGCGGCUGGAGGAAUUCUGCAGGAAGGAAAUCAGUGAAAUCUCUGAUCAGGUUUCAGAUCUUUGGAUGAUUUUACCAUCAGAGCCAAAGAGCAGAGAAGACUUUAUGCAGUAUUUCCGUCACCUGACUCUGGAUCCCAACACCGUAAAUCAGUUCCUCAGUCUGUCUGAGAACAACAGAUUGGUGCAGAACAGUAGAAAAGUGCAGCCGUACUCUGAUCAUGCAGAGAGAUUUGACUACUGGAAGCAGGUGUUGAGUAAGGAGAGUGUGAGUGGACGCUGUUACUGGGAGGUUCAAUGGAGCAGUAAGGGACAUGAGGUCUCCAUAUCAGUCUCAUAUAAAGGAAUCACCCGAAAAGGACGGAAUAAAGAGUGUUUGUUUGGACACAAUGAUCAGUCCUGGAGUCUGCAGUGUUUUCCCUCUCUCUCUUUCUGUCACAACAACACUGAGACUAAGAUCUCAGCUCCUCCAUCCUCCAGAAUAGGAGUGUAUGUGGAUCACAGUGCAGGAACUCUGUCCUUCUACAGCGUCUCUGAUACAAUGACCCUCCUACACACAGUCCACACCACAUUCACUCAGCCCCUUUACGCUGGAUUUGGAGUGGAUUCAGGAUCAUCUGUGAAGUUAAGUGAUGAAGAUGAUGUUGGUUUAUCUGGACGUUAAGAAGCAUUAGUGUUUCCUCGUUCAUAAACACGGACUAUUGGUCUAGUUUACUGUUUGUGUGCAUUACUGUACUUUUCUCUCAUUUGAAUUAAUUAUAGUGUUUUAAAUCAUUAGUGUCUCAUAACCCAUAAACCAACCCAACUAACUAACAGGAAUUUACAGGAUGUUGAACUGUAAAGAGGAGGGGAUUCAGGCAUUUUUCUCCAGAUUUAAAUAAAAAAUGGACAAAGGUUUCCAACAUGUCAUGUUAACAUGUGACUCUCAUGAUGACUGUAUGAUGAUUUCUGCCUUCAAAACGCAAAAUCUGAACUUCUAACAAGCUUAAAUCAUAUGUUAAACACACCCACACACACCAGCAGACUCCUACUGAUCUGUUCUCUCUGUAAUACACUGAAAUCUGAUCAUUAAUAUUACAUGUUGUGAUGGCUCCCCCUUCUGACCACAGUAGGAGGUGCACAUGGACAGUUCAGCACACUGUGCUUCAAUAGGCUUUCGCUAAGCUCCGCCCCCCUGAAUCAGGGCUGAUCAACAACACUUUCCUCAGUACCUGUUAGAGCUGAUUUUAAGACUCUGAGGUUGUUCUGUUCAUUGUAAAGACUCUGUGUCUUCAUGUGAGUUCUGAACAUUGUUCUGUAUUGUUUCUUGUGUUUGAACUCCUUGCUCGAUUAUUUUGACUGUGUGUAUUGAUUUUUCUUAAUGCUAUGGGAGAUACAAGCUUUCUUCAGUACCAUUCAGAAAACCUAUCAUAUGAUCUGUAGCUACUCAUUAAUCAACAAUAAUGAACUGAUUUAAAACUUUAGGUUUAAAUUCUCUGUGUUGAAGUAAGAAGGUGUUUAUUCAGACUCUUUUUGAAGACAUGAACACUGCUUGAUGUGAUGUUACUGAUGAUAGCAGAAGAACACAGGUAAUCCCAUCAGUGGUUUA